AUGACUUCAACAAUUCGAAUGAACGUUGACGUGGAGCGUUUCGCAGCUAGACGGAGCAGGUUACGAAGUCGAGAAGCUCUGACCCAACGUCAGCCACUGGGAGGUACUUCGAAUGAGGACCAGACCUUUUUCGAGCCACUGAAUUCGUCGGGAUCCAAUUCGGCUCUUCGCUCGUCACGAUUCAUUCCCUCUGCUGUCGUUGGAAAUGACAUUAAUGCCAGCAAACGUCGGCGUUCGAUGGCAUUGACGAUGAGCCAAACACAGAACAAAUUUCCGAAACGGUAUCCGCUGUAUAAUCUCGACUCCGCGUCAGGACUCAGCGGCUCUGUGACACGAGUGCGAAAGAGCGCCGGCGCUGGUCCUCAAACCGCGGUCGACGGCGCCCUAUCCCCGCAACCUGGCACCGGCGAGGCGCCUACCACGGCGGCGAUUCCAUCGGCAUCACAAGCUGGCGGCGGCGCCGCCACAACAAUUCCUCUCGGGCAAAUGAGCAACGUGACGCCGAUCGUCGUCGAGUCGCCGGACGGGGAUCAACCCGGCGCAAGCAACGGACUCAGCGGCUCUGUGACACGAGUGCGAAAGAGCGCCGGCGCUGGUCCUCAAACCGCGGUCGACGGCGCCCUAUCCCCGCAACCUGGCACCGGCGAGGCGCCUACCACGGCGGCGAUUCCAUCGGCAUCACAAGCUGGCGGCGGCGCCGCCACAACAAUUCCUCUCGGGCAAAUGAGCAACGUGACGCCGAUCGUCGUCGAGUCGCCGGACGGGGAUCAACCCGGCGCAAGCAACGAGGGUUACACGUCCCUGGAGUCGCCUCCGGAAAAGGUCCGAGUGACGAACGUGGGGCCCUUCAACUUCCUGCUCCGCUGGCAGAAGCCCUCCAGCAUCAGCAGCAGCAAGGACGCCUCGAGUCCGCAGCAGCAGCAGCAGGCGGUCACUUACCUGGCCGAGAUCUCGUACGUGGACACGCCUGGUUGUGACGGGCCCGAGUGCGCGGGCAAUUACUCGGCCAUCCCGCGCGUGCAGCUCGUCACCAAGGACAACUCCUCUGCGGCAGACCAACAAUGGAUGAUCGGCAAGAACAAACGAGUGGACCAGGGCGCCGUCCGACCUCACAGCCGGUACCGGGUCCGACUCAAGAAAAAGACCGGCGACGUCGAGUCCCAGUUCAGCCCGAGCGUCGAGGUGUUCACCAGUGCCAGCGUACCUGACAGACCACAAAAUGUGGUACUUCGUCCCGUUCGGGGGCAAAUAGUCGUUUCGUGGGAAAUCCCGAAACCAUACCCGGGCCCCAUGAACUUUUCCAUCCACGUGCUUUUUUGGAACGGGUGUCCGGACAUUGCCAACGUGACCUGUGACUGCAAGAAGACCAAGGGCGGUCAGGACAAAAUCGUCAUUUCCGUCAAGGCCGACGAACUGACCCGACACAAGAAAACCUUGACCAAGGACGACUGCAUCGUCGAAAACGCCAACUUCAUGAUCCAAGUCCAGGCAACGUCAUCUGCCGGCCCAGGAUUGCUCAGUUUCCCACAGAAUGUGGUUGUGAGAAAAUACACGACUGUAGACGAAGACGCCAGCAACUGCAACCAGCCGGACGCGGAAAAGCAAACAAUUUACGGACCGCAAUUCAUGAAUGUUUCCAACUGCAGUUUCGGACCUGAAGCCAUGAGCGAUAAUGAAAACGUGUCAUCGAAAGUGUCUCCUUGCAACGAAGUUGAAUACACAGUGAAAGAUUUGAAGCCUGGAUUCUGUUACGAAGGCACCGUGGUGGCAAUUGGAGGAACGGACGACGCGAGAAGCCCCGAGGCCAAAGCGUUCUGCUAUUUGAGCAGACUCAAAUCUGCAGACAGUGCUUCAAGCGUUGGAACAUUGAUCGGAGGAAUCAUCGGAGGCCUUGUUGGUUUAGCAUCAUUAGCAGCAGUUGGAAUAUUCGUUUGGCGUCGGAUAGCUGCUCCACGCAUGAAUGAGCCCAUGAAAAUGCGCCUCAGUGGGAUGGGAAGAACGCAGAGCAGCCAGUUUGGGUACGCCCGAGCAAAACCGACGCAGCCGGCGAGAGCGAGCCGUGACACGUCAUCGUCCAUGGUGAAAGACGCGCAAAUACACGGGGAGGACAAUUUGGCGCACGAAGUGGACGAUGUGUAUGAAAUCAAACGAAAGUUGGAUUCCGGCGAAGUCCGGGAAGAAUUUGACUUGCUGUGCACGCAAGGACCGAAGCUGAGUGCCAACGAACGCGCCUUUGCAAGGACGAGCCUUUCGAAGAACCGAUUCGUCAACGUGCUGCCUUUUGAGAAAACUAGAGUGAGACUGACGGACGCGGAAAACGACUACAUCAAUGCUUCAUACGUGCAGGGCGAGACGCACGCGAAGGAGUACAUAGCAACGCAGGCGCCGAAAUCCGAGACUAUCCGCGAUUUUUGGCUCAUGGUUUGGCAAGAAGAGAUCACGACCAUAGCCAUGGUUGUGCCAGCGACGAAGGGCGUAACCGAGGAACAAAUUCCGCCUGGGUUUCAAUACUGGCCGAAAUUGGAGCUGCCGAUGAGAUUUGAUUCCCUGACAGUAUACAAAAUGGAGGACAACAACAUCAAAACCGGAUCCGGCCAACACACUGUCAGAGUGUUUGUCAUGGAGAAGGGGACGGAGACGAGAUCGGUGACCCAACUGCAAUUCGAAGAAUGGCCAACAGUUGGAGUUCCUGAGGACACAAGACCUAUAAACGACUUCGCGGUCGCUGUUCGACAGCAGAACGAUUACCAUGUUAAAGCCGACGGACGGAAACCGCCGAUUUUAGUUCAUUGCAGUGCUGGAACAGGGAGAACAGGAGUUGUCAUAGCUUUGGACAGAUUACGGCAACAGUACAAAGCAAAGAAAUCUGUGGAUAUUCCAGGAACGAUUCACAGUCUGCGCCAAUGUCGAGUUCAUCUUGUACAGACACCAGUGAAGUAUUUUUGCAAUUAUUCCCUUCUCUAAAACGGAGCUUUUCUUAUACAGAAAAAAAUGCGGAUGAUUCGACCGAUUUUCGGCUUAAUAUCGGGUGUUCUUUCGCAGGAUUUCCUCCAUUAUAGUAACUCAAGGGAUAUCUUGUUGUACGAGCAGUUCAGCAUUUGACGAAGUACUUCGAGCAUUUUUGUAUGAUUUGAUCAAGCCGUGAUGAGGCUUUUCGAGCCUCUGGAUAAAACACUUUUCAUUCGGUUUUGCUAAAUUCGUAAGAAAAAGCACGAGACGAUUCGGUUACAUCCUCUUGUGUUCCCGAGCACUUCGGGGUAACUAUUGAUUUUCACUUCGAUUGACAAAAGGAUUCCUUCAAAAAAUUCUGCCGCUGAGCUGCUAUGCAUUCCCUUUUUUUUUCCUGGUUCAUACAAUCCCAUAUGUGAAUUAUUAAUUUUUCAUAUUCCAAAUAUAUGUACGACUCAUCAUGUCCCUGAACUAAUCGUUCAAAUUUCUAUAUGCUGUACCAGGAACAAUAUGCAUUCCUGUACAAAUGCGUCAUCCAGAUGAUCGAAGAUUUCACGACCAACGCUACGGUGGAUUUCAAGUGAUUCCACUGAGAUUCCAUGUUUUCUCAAAAACCAAUGUAAAGCUCGGGAAGUCGACAUUUU